AUGGCAGAGGUAACAAAUGUAACCGAGUACCAGGCUAUUGCCAAGGAGAAACUGCCAAAAAUGGCGUACGAUUACUAUGCAUCUGGUGCGGAGGACCAAUGGACUCUAGCUGAGAAUCGGAACGCAUUCUCUAGGAUUUUGUUCAGGCCCCGGAUUCUGAUUGAUGUCAGCAAGAUUGACAUGACUACAACUGUUUUGGGCUUCAAGAUUUCAAUGCCGAUCAUGAUUGCCCCAACUGCCUUUCAGAAAAUGGCUCAUCCAGAUGGGGAAUACGCAACUGCUAGAGCUGCUUCAGCAGCUAACACAAUCAUGACAUUGUCAUCAUGGGCCACUUCCAGCGUCGAGGAGGUAGCUUCAACCGGACCCGGCGUUCGAUUCUUCCAGCUUUACGUCUACAAGGAUAGGAAUGUCGUGGCCCAGCUCGUAAGGCGAGCUGAAAGGGCUGGGUUUAAGGCCAUUGCACUUACUGUGGAUACCCCUCGAUUGGGACGUAGAGAAGCUGACAUUAAGAACAGGUUUACUUUGCCACCUGGUUUGACAUUGAAGAAUUUCGAGGGUUUGGACCUUGGGAAGAUGGAUGAAGCUGCUGAUUCUGGGUUAGCUUCAUAUGUUGCGGGUCAAAUUGAUCGCACUUUGAGCUGGCAGGAUGUGAAGUGGCUACAAACAAUUACUUCACUGCCUAUCCUAGUCAAAGGUGUACUCACUGCUGAAGAUGCAAGGCUCUCCAUUCAAAAUGGAGCAGCGGGUAUUAUUGUGUCGAAUCACGGUGCUCGCCAGUUGGAUUACGUGCCUUCAACUAUACGGGCUCUUGAAGAGGUCGUCAAAGCUGCGCAAGGCCGAGUUCCCGUAUUCUUGGAUGGUGGGGUCCGUCGUGGGACGGACGUGUUCAAAGCAUUGGCACUCGGAGCCUCUGGCAUUUUCAUUGGGCGACCUGUCGUAUUCUCACUGGCUGCUGAUGGAGAAGCCGGUGUGAAGAAAGUGCUCCAGAUGUUGAAAGAUGAGUUUGAGCUGACAAUGGCAUUAAGUGGCUGCCGUUCGUUGAGUGAGAUAACUCGAGCCCACAUCGUAACCGAGUGGGACGUUCCAGGGGCCCUACCUGCUGCCAGGCUGAAUUUCCCUCGUCGCCGAUCCGCCGCCGUCACCGCCUCGAGAACCGGCGGCCACCGACCGUUCCGCCGACUUGUCACCGUAAUCAGGACUGCGGGUCUUGUUUUUCCAAGCUCUCGGACUCGGAUGAGUUGCUAG